AUGGAACAACAGGAACAAAAACUUGGGAAUCGACUAGAAAUUAGGUCGGCACAUAUUUUUUACAAAUAUCUAGAAAAUAAUUCCUUACUGACUUUUAGUGCUCUUCCCUCAACGGAAAUAGGCCAAACGUUGAAACAGUCACAAAAUUUGCCAAAAUGUCGUUAUCAAGUACUCGGCUCCGAAAAAGGAGAACAAAUUUCAUUUGCAGCAAUAGGCCAGCCAAUAAUUCACAAAUGGAUAUGUAAUUAUUUGGGGAAUGAAAAUGAAGGGAUUUAUUGUUUAACAGUUCACAGCUGUCAGGUAGAUGAUGGACAAGGAAAUGUACAAAAAUUGUUGGAUGAAAACGGGUAAAUUACCAAAUUUAUUGUGGAAACUUAUUAUCAGAUACGUUCUUACUUUGAAAUAUAUAUAAUAAUGAGGUGAAGG